CCAAUAUUUUGGUUGAAAGAAAAUUUAGGAUCAUUAGGGUUUUUUUUUUUUUUUUAUUUAUUUAUCACAAAGUAUAGUUAAUUUCAAUUUUUCCCCAAAUUUAGUCCAACAAAGUAUAGCCUCCUUUUCAUAAUUUUUUUGGACCAAUUCUUAGCCCCCAAAUUCAUAAAAUUCUUUUUGAAAUUUCUUGUUGUCUCGUAAUAUUCUAUUCCCGCAUGCUGAAAGAGGAGUGGACCAUUGCACCCCAUUUCAUAUAUUAGGGUUUUUUUAUCACACAAAGUACAAAUUAGCCGUUCAUUUGCAGCAAUAAUUUCAAUUAUUGCUGCAAAUGAUUUCAAUUAUUCCCCAAUUUUAGUCCAACAAAUUAACCUUUUUUUCUAGCAUAAUAUUAUUUUUUGACUAAUAUUAGAAAAGCAGUUUUGAAAAGGAACUGACUUUUCAAAUUCAUGAUAUUUGUUUCUGACCCCUUUGCACAGUGAUAACACUCAGCCACUUACUCUGAACAAAACAGAAACAAAUGGAGGAUUUUGUAACAUUGUGAUGUAUUUAAUGAGUAUUGGCCCACUGGCAACAAGAAAAAAUUUCUCGUUCUAUUAAUGGAGAGGGGGGUUUACAGGCCACACUAAUGGAGCAAAAAACUGUCAAUAAGUUGCAAAAUCACCAAAUCAUUGACCUUAACUUUUUAGCUAAUAGCUUUCAUGGAUGAUUAGAAACAAUACCUAUCUAAUACUCUGCAAUUUCUCUGAAUACAUAUCUAAUCCUCUGCAAUUUCUCUGAAUUUUGGAAGGAAGCAGCAGUAGAUAGAAAUGUGUACCUGUAGCAUUUAGUAGAACGAGAGAUUUUAUGAAGCUAAAGCUAUAAUCACUAUAUAUAUACUUACAACAUAAAAAAGAGAUAGAUAAAAACAAAUACGAAAGAAAAUUAUAUACAAUCCCACUAAAAAAUAAUAAUAAAUAUCCUAAUUAGAGAAAGCGCUAUAAAAUUUUCUUUAACAGAACAACGUAUUCUCUUUUGACAGCAAGCCUCGUUUAAAAUAAUUGAGGAAAGAGGUGGGAAGUCAAUCAUCGUGCAUGUGGUUCUAUUUCAGUGUCUUCGACGUCCCUUUGAAGAGAAAGACAUGAAGCAAGGAUAUAAUGGGCUUAAGUAUUUCUGCACAAUUGUUGCCGUAUGAUCUAGGACUGCAUACAGUCUUGACGGAGGACUAAGCUGGAAAGUGAUGGCUGGGAUAUUCUCAGUAACUGCAGCUAUCUAUGGAACAUACUGGGACCUAGUCAUGGACUGGGGGCUCCUGCAAUUUAAGUCGAAGAACUGGUUGCUAAGAGACAAACUUCUUAUUCCAUACCGAAGUGUGUAUUUUGGAGCAAUGGUCCUGAAUGUAUUGCUGAGAUUUGCCUGGUUGCAAACUGUCCUGAACUUCCAGGUAUCUUUCCCACAUGCUCAAACCUUAAGCGCAAUUGUUGCCAGCCUAGCGGAUUAUGGAACUUUUUCAGAUCAAGUUGGAGAAUGAACAUUUACACAAUGUUGUCAAGUAUCGCGCAUUCAAGUCUGUACCUCUACCUUUCGACUACAAUGUUGGCUAAGACAAACAUGAGUUCCAUAUUGCAUCAGAAAAAAAUCAAUAGACAGGAAGUUACUUAUCCAAGAACAAACAGCAAAGAAAGAAAACACUACAGGGAUGUUCUCAGAAGUACGAUUUCGGAGGAGCUUGAUUGUUUUCUCACUCAUUUUUUAUUCAUUUAUUGUAUUUAGUUAGGGAGGUCAGUACCCUGUAUGUGUAAUACUCCUUGCUAUGGAUAUAUAGUUAUUGAAGGGUUUAUGGAAGAGUUUUCAAUCCAAAAUUCCAGCAGUUUCUUAAGUUAAGUAGUUGAGGACUUAGGGUUAAUUGGAAUGUGGGUUUUCUCAAAUCAAUCGGAGUUCCAUAUUUAUCUCCUCGAGCAAUC